GGCACUGCUUGUUGCUCUCCCCCCCCCCCCGCUCUAUUCUCUGUUCCUAUGUCUGUGUGUCCCCUCCCCCAGCUCUCUCUCUUUCUCUCUCUCUCCGAUUGUCUUUGUGCCGUCUUCUUCUUCUGAUUUACCUGCUGCGCCUGCAGCCAUGAGCGUUACAGCGUGCAUGGAUGAUGUGCAUCACAAGCUCUCUCUCCUCAACUACCCUCGCUCUUCCGCUCCUUCGCAAUCCCUGCUCUACGCUGGCUUAGAACGCUACGCACUCCUCGACUGGCUCUUCUUCAGGUUGCUCGGCGACAAGUCCCCCUUCACUCAACAAGACCUUCUUGGUGAAGGAGCAGACCGCGACGAAGAAGCUGCACGAAUUCAGUAUUUAGCCGAAAUUGCCAAAUACUUGGGAUUAACUCCCACAGUAGACCCAGAUGCAAUCCAGGGGAAAGGGAGCUAUGAAAGUCGAGCGGAAAUGCUUCACUUGAUCGUCGAGCUGGUUGAAGCAAGCAGCGUUACUGACAACCCUGAGUGGAGUGUUGAUGAUCAAGUGGCUAAGGACAUCCUCCUUGUCGAUGCUAUCGCCGAAAAACAGACUCAAGUCUUCUCAGAUGAAUGCAAGCUCUUUCCCGCGGACGUGCAAAUCAUGUCCAACAUCGCAAUGCAUGACAUAACAGACUUGGAACGCCAGCUCUCGGAGCAGGUGAAGUCCGUAGAGCGAUUGCAAUCUUCAGUUGCUGAACUGUCUGCUAAGCAAAGUUAUAAUCCCAAUGAAGACUACGUGGAUGCUGAAAUAGAAUUGCGGGCACGGCUAGCGACGUUCCUAGAUUCAGCAAAGUCCUUCAACAUAAUCUAUGCCAAGGAAAUUCGGCCAUGGACGCAUAUGAUGGACGUUCCCCAGCUUCAUGGACUUGGACCUGCUGCAAAUCGAUUGCUGGAUUCUUAUAGCCAAUUGCUUAAGCUCUUACGAAAUUUGCAAAAAAUGCGCGAUUCAUAUUCGGCUGUUGCCGCGGGAUCUGAUGUCGCUAAUGACGCGAUCUCAGCAUCCACAGAGGAAUCCUCCCUAGUGAAGCUGGUAGCUGAAUGCGAAGAAGCCCUACUACUUCUGAACAAUGGGCUUAGCAUACUUUCGCUGUCACUUGAGCGUGACUACAUUGGAGGAAUACAUACUGAUAAGCCAGCCUCUCCGUUGUGACUGAUAUCAAUGAGAGGAACCUAAGUGAUCAGCUUUCUAAGAGUGUCAGGUAUUUUAAUGCGGUAGCUACUUCUCAGAUGCAUUUUGCAGUGGCUCCCUUUUGAACUCGUCAUUUUGAGUUCUCCUUGGCACUGAUAUUUCAUGGUCAUGUAUUGGUUUCGGAUCCUAUAUAAGUGCAUAUUCUGUAUUGUAAUGAUGGAUUACUACAGAGGGGUGUUGGUUUUCUCUGGUCACUCUUUUCUUAGAGGCUGGAACUUGACUUGAGAAGGAAUCGCCCCUAGGGAUUCACCUUCAUAAUCUAUACAGAAUGAAAGAACGCGCUUAAACUGGAGAGCACCAAUGUGACACAUUAUUUAUAGGUUAAGAAGCUAGUAUUAGCACUUUAGUGUAACCAUCAACAAUGUUAGUGUCGCUGGUUUCUGUGAGUUUUGUCUCCGCUGUUCUUCUUGGUUUCUGUAACGUCCUCUGUUCUAAGGAUACUAAACUAUACAAUACAAUGGGUGAUACUGACGUAGUAUCUUAUAUAGAA